ACACAAACCAACAUCGGAUCUAUAUCUUACCGAGUAGCAAGCCAACGAUCGUCGUCCUCGAGGUACAUCGCAGACAUAUAUGUGACUGACCUAUAAAAUCUAGUCUUUUUUCAUUCUGCCACUAUAGGUCAGGUUACACGCGGGCCGUGUACUGCUCGACGGGACACAUAUAUUGCACUACAACGCUGGAUGCGACAUUUAAAUAAGCUAAUUGAGGAAUAUUAUUAGCCUGUUUUCACGUUGUUCCUUUCUUCAAGGUGUGAUUGUUACCUAUAAACAAGAUGCAACAGGGGCAGCAGAUACAACAGAGUAACACAAACAGGGGACAUUUCCACGACGCCAAGUCACAGGAAAAUAAGCAGGAACAUUAUUCCGACAAUGAUUUACGAGACUUGGUGGACAGUUUUGGGAGGAACAGGGAAGGGAAAAUGGUAAUAAAAGAACUUCGCAUGUGCUUCAAUUUACUUGGAUUAAACCCACACGAAUCUGAACUCCGAGAAACCUUGACCAUACUGACACACGAAAAAAAUGAUGGUAUAGUCCAAACGGAAGACUUUGUAGUGUUGAUGCGGUCGAAACUCGGACCGGACGAGUUGAGUAAGGAAGAACUCCAGGAAGCGUUCGCCCAGUUCGACGAGGACGGUAGUGGUGCCAUUAGUCCGGAUGAGCUGCGACAGAUCCUCGCGGCCUCUUCACUCUCCGAGGAACAGGUUGAUCAGCUGAUCAUUGACGCCGACACUGAUGGCGACGGCGAGAUCGACUUUGAUGAAUUUUACACCUUAUUCACGACGAUGAUGUGAUGAUAGGGAGACUCAAAUUUGUGAAUUCUAUACCUUAUUUACAACUAUGAUGGGAUAAAACGACUGACGGAAUAUUACCUACCGUUCCUAAGACAUCAGUGGGGGUCGUCUGACGUCAACAUCUCGAACUUUAAUGCCGAUCAUGUGUUAACGUAAAUUGACAAUCUGUGAUAAAGAGGGUAUUUUUCUAAUCUUUGAUUAUUGAAAAAACCUCAUUGAUUUAAUUGAUGUGCUAUAUUUUUUUUUUCAAUUUUUUUUUUUUUUAUGUUAUGUUUAUUUUCGUAAAUGUUCGACAAUUUGUGAUAAAAAGUGCAUUGUUCUAAUCUGGGAACAUUAAAAUACUCAUUUACCUGUUUUUUGUAUAUGUGCUAGUUUAUCUAUGUUUUGAUGUUUUAGAGAUAUGUUUUUCAAUUGAUUUGUCUAGUAACCCUGUCUACAUAUUUGCAUUGCAACGAUAUUUUAUAACGCUAUCAAAUCGAAAACAACAAAAAGGAUUUUAUCCUGUUUGGUCAAGUGAAUUUGGGCUUACAAAGCUGCUAAUUUAAUGAAUUUAUUAUGUUUCGGAACACGUUGUAAAUGAAUUCUCUUAAUUUUUGCAACUUAUGAAUCCUGAAUAAAUUGCCAUAUGAUAC